CCGCCCCUCCCGUCCGCCCAGUCCCGCCCCCAGGCGCGUAUGCGGAAGAGCUGAAGCCCGGCGAGGCCUGGCAGCCCUCCCAGGGAAGCUUGCAGGAGGAGUUGACUUGGGUCUCCAGGGACUGCAUGCUCUUCAGUCGUAGGCUUGCAUUUCCAAGACGGCUUUGACGGGGCCGGGAUGUCCAUUCCAAAGGUUCUCCAAGUAGCUUGUUCUCUUUGGAGACACCGUGUCCAUCUUGUCACUAUGUCGCUUUGGGUGGCCUGGAGCUUGCUGUGUAGACCAGGCUAGUCUCGAACUCACAGACAUGCUGCUGCCUUGGCCUCCCGAGUAGAUUUCUUAGUACAGAUACACUUUCUUCAUCCCUGUUGCCACUCCUAUUUCACUAUUCUUUCUGAGAGCCUCCUCAGACUUUCUGCUCCCUUUUAUCUUCACAGUGUCAAAGGAGCCUUUUUUUUUUUUCCCUUAGCCCUCCCCACUUUGUGUGGGGUGUGUGUGGAGGUCGGAGGACAACCUGUGGGGAUUUGUCCUGGUGCUGUGACUCAGGUCGGGUCUUUGGUGGAGCGUGCCUUUAUUGCUGAGCCAUCUCAGAGGCCCCACAAGUCUUGGCGGUGUCCUUGGGCGAUUAAAAUCUUUUAAUGUCUGCUCACCCAAGAUGUAACCUGAAAGCCUUUCAGUUGGGUCCUACCGUUUGUUUCAGCCUCAUCGGUCGCCACUCCUCUUCCGCGACCCAAACUGAUGAGGACUGAUUCCUAAAGCUCCCUGGGCAAGUCAGACUCCCGGAUACCCCGGAAAGCGAGCCUUGUAAACUCUUCCACUCCCCUUGAGGCUUCUCUCCCACCACUGCAUCUAGCCCGGCCGCCUCUUCCCAUUCUUCAGCCUCCAGAGUGUUUUCCCCGAGAGCCUGUCCUUCCGAAGGCCGCACCGUCUCUUCUGUAUCACGUCGACUACACCCACACGAGGGCAGGAGCUGCCUGUUCGCAUGUCUGCCUCCGUGCUGCUGCACGUUUCUUGGGGGCAAGGCCUUACGUUUACGUGGUGUUGAUAGCACAUAGCGUUUUGAGAGGCGGACCGAGGUGGGAUUCCUAAACUGAGUAGCUGAGUGACACCGCACACGGAUUACAUGCUCCUAGGACUGUUGAUGGUGCUGAUAACCUCUGAAAAGAAUUUUGCAAAGACCAAAUAAGCAGAAACUCUUGGGCGAGCCCCUCCUCCCCGCCCCCAAAUGCUGGUAAUCGAGGUGGGCCUUAUAGCUAUAUAAGCAGAACCGAGGAAGGGAACUAGGACGCUUUAUGUUAACGAGGUGCCGGGCUCGUCUUCCAGUACGAGUCCUAACUGUUGCUUCUUAAGGACAUGUUGGACAUUGCCCCAAACAGUUGGACGCCUCUUUCGUCGGGGUUUUUAGGGCAAAGGCAGUACGACGUCGCCCCCUGUCGCUCACUGGCGGUAGCCUGAGGGCAUAGUUAGGCGCCUCCGAACCACCGCUCAGGUGUGGGGCUUUGCUUUUCCCAACUCCCGCCGCGAGUACUUCCUUUCCAAGCCACCAGCUCGGCCUGCCUGCUGAGGCCCCGCCCACCUUGCGCCCGCUGGGGGCGGGGUCUGUGGCGUUUUGCCCCCGUCACUUCCAGUGGACCCGGAAGCGCUGCCGUGAACCGCCAGAGUUAGGAAAUCGUGAGGGAACCGAGCAUAGAGUAAACCCUGGGCUGAUGCUGGGCCGAGAGGGGCGGGCCCAGGUUGCGGUGGCCAGCGGAGCGCUUAGGGCGGAGCAGCCUCUGGGCCAGUACUGGAGAGCCGUGGCUGAGUGCUCCUGCUGGGCCACCGUCACCCCGCCUUUUGCUUGGCCAGCGCGUCCCCUCAUCCCGCCGGGACAGCUGGCUGGACCGGGUGUGCUGCCUGUGGCCAGACGAUCCAAUCUGCUUCACUUCUAGCUGCUUUUGUGGCUCUGUCCGGGGCUGCUGCAACGCUGACGUGGAGCAGCGCACUCCAGAACCCCCAUGGAGAAGUUUGGAAUGAAUUUUGGGGGUGGCCCAAGCAAGAAGGACCUCCUGGAGACCAUAGAAACACAGAAAAAGCAGCUCCUCCAGUACCAGGCCAGGCUCAAGGAUGUGGUCCGUGCCUAUAAAAGCCUGCUGAAGGAGAAGGAGGCCCUGGAGGCCAGCAUCAAGGUGCUGUCGGUAUCCCACGAGGCGGAUGUGAGCCUCGCAGGUGUGCAGCCGCUGGGCCUCACGUUUCCUGACUCCGUGGAUGACCGGUGCUCCACUCACAGUGAGGAUAGUACCGGAACUGCCACUAGCUUGGACACCGCAGCCAGUCUCACGAGUAUCAAGGGUGAGUUUGCGGUAGAAGACGACAGGGUGGCCCGUGGGCCCCUUCCUCCAAAGUCCGAAGAAGCCAGCGGGUCGGAGAGUGGCGUCAGUAGCAGUAGCGGGGAUGGGCCGUCGGCGGGUGGUGAGAUGGACAAGAGGCUGCACCAGCUGAAGACUCAGCUGGCUACCUUGACCAGCUCCUUGGCCACAGUCACCCAGGAGAAGUCCCGUAUGGAGGCCUCUUACCUCGCCGAUAAGAAGAAGAUGAAGCAGGACUUAGAGGAUGCCAAUAAGAAGGCGGAGGAGGAGAGGGGCCGCCUGGAGGCUGAACUGAAGGGUCUGCAGGAGCAGGUCGCAGAAACCAAAGCCCGGCUCAUCACGCAGCAGCACGACCGUGCCCAGGAACAGGGUGACCACGCCGUGAUGCUGCGUGAGCUCCAGAAGCUGUUGCAGGAGGAGAGGACCCAGCGCCAGGAGCUGGAACUUCGCUUAGAAGAGACCAGAGAGGCCUUGGCAGGGCGGGCUUAUGCAGUGGAUCAGAUAGAAGGGUUUGAACUGCAGACCAAGCAGCUUACCCGAGAAGUAGAGGAGCUGCGAGGUGAGCUGCAGGCCGUUCGAGAUGAGAAGAAUCGACCAGAUCCCCGGCUGCAAGAGCUUCAGCAAGAGGCCGUCCGUCUUAAAAGCCAUUUCCAGGCCCAACUUCAGCAAGAAAUGAGGAAGACAGCCCUUGUAGAGGACCAGCUUCGGCAGCAGGCUCAGGUGGAAGAGCAGAGGGUGGCAGCCCUGGAGAAUCAAAUCUCCGAGGUGUCUGAACUGCUGGGCACCUAUGAGAAGGCCAAACAGAAAGACCAGCUGGCCAUCCAGAAGCUCAAAGAUCGAAUUUUGCAGCUGGACCUGGAGAACAAGACGCUGGCCCUCGCAGCCUCUAGCCGCUCCUCCCUCGACGUCCAUGGAGACGAGUCCACUCUGGACGUCAAUGUCUUGAAGGACAAGAUGGAGAAGCUCAAGAGGCUCCUGCAGGUCGCAGCUAGGAAGAGUCAGGUGACCCUGGAUGUGGAGAAGCUCUGUGACCCUGAGAUACUGUCCCACUCCGAGGCCGCCGACGGGGAGAAGGCCACUGCGCUCUACUACCAACAGGAGCUAAAGCAGCUGAAGGAGGAGUUCGAGCGUUACAAGAUGAGGGCCCAGGUGGUGCUCAAGAGCAAGAGCACCAAGGACGGGACGCUGGUGAAGGAGCUGGAGGCAGCGCAGGAGCAGCUGGCCGAGCUGAAGGAGAAGUACAUCUCGCUGAGGCUGUCCUGCGAGGAGCUGCAGUGCCAGCACCAGCAGGAGGCCGAGGGCUGGCAGCAGGAGCUGGCCCGGCUGCAGCAGCAGCACCGGCAGGAGCUGGAGCGCUGCCAGCUGGACUUCCAGGACCGCACGCUGAAGCUGGAGGAGGAGCUGCACAAGCAGCGGGACCGGGCCCUGGCCGUGCUGGCCGAGAAGGACUUGGAGCUGGAGCAACUGCGCUCCGUGGCCUUGUCCUCCGGCUUGCCGGGACGCAGAAGCCCCGUGGGCGGGGUGGCUGCCGGAGGGCCGGGGGACCCAGCUGACGCGUCUUCCCCAGAUAGCUUGACCCAGGCCUUGCAGCUCGCGGCGGCCAACGAGCCCACUUUCUUCCUGUACGCCGAGCAGCUGGCCCGGAAGGAGGUGGAGAUCACAUCACUGAGGAAGCAGAAGCGCAGGCUGGAAGUGGAGGCCCAUCAGCUGCGGGAGAGGCUGCUGGAGGAGGAGGAGCGCCACCGAGAGGAGGUCGGGGCCCUUCAGAGCCACAUCGAGAAGAACGUCAGGGACCAGAGCAGGGAAGGAGCCAACCUGGAGUACCUGAAAAACAUCAUCUACCGCUUCCUGACCUUGCCGGACAGCCUGGGCCGCCAGCAGACGCUCACGGCCAUCCUCACCAUCCUGCACUUCAGUCCCGACGAGAAACAGGAGAUACUGCGGCUCCCGAGCGGUGGGGGCUGGUGGCCUUCUGGCAAGAGAUGAUAGAUGCCUUCCUCCAACCCCGACAUCUCCACGCCUCUUUUCUGCGGGAAGGGCAGGCUCAGAUUUCUGCUGCCUCCCCUCUUGCGUUCUCGUUUAUUUCUCCACUGGGUUGAACUCAGAGCAGUUCAGAGUAGGAUGGGAUUUUCCGCCAAGUGCCAUUGAUGCAGCUUCAUCCUCGGGCUCUGGGGGUACCGCAGCGGGCUGCUGGACCACAUCUUCUGGCGGUGUGUGUGUGGAGGUCGGGGAGACAGGCCGGGCCAAGCGGUGCCAGCUAGGGAAGAGGGCAGAGUAUUUAGACAUAAGAUGUCGUAUUGUGCCCUAGCUCAGAGCUAGGAGGAAAAGCGACCCCCAUGGGAGUCCAUCCGACUGUGGGACACACACACGGUAACUGUAUGCAUUCCUUUUCCGUCACAGUCUGGUCCACGUCUGUCCUAAUUCUCUGGGGACACUAAGAGUCAACCUACAAAGAGACCAGGAAGUUAGAAACAGUAAUGGUUUGUCCAAAGGGCUGUGGAAUAGUGGGUUCAUCUCAGAACUUGGAACCAGGCUCCCCCCCACCCCCCACCCUGCAUUGUUACCACCCUACAGAGGGUUCUGGGCAGCGUGUGGUCUUAAGGCUUCCCAAGCUGUCUGCUCUGGGCCAGGACAGGAUUAGAAAUGAGUCUCUCUUAAGGUUGGCCCGAGAAUGUGAGUGCGUGACUGUCCUGUCUUUCCCUCAACACUGAACUUCAUAUUAAGAAAUGAAAUCUUAGCUUCGUAUGGAGCGUUCAAUCAGUAAGCCAGUGGCCUGCUUCCAUACAAGGCAUUUCUGCCAAGAUCCAUUCCCAGUUGUGUUUGCUUUUGCAGGGACAGGAAAAAGGAGGUAAUUUGCUGCAGAUUCAAAAACACUGUUAUGACCCUCACAGGAAAAGUGAAGUUCAGCUGAAAUACUUUCUGCCCUAGGGAUCUUGGCAAAGGUUAAUUCUAUUCUUUAAGGAAAGAUAGUUCUCAGAAAACUUGGGUCAAAGCAGUAUCAGUUGCCCAGUUCUUUUUUUUUUUUUUUUGAUCAGUCUGUUCUUCCUGGUUACAGAGACCUUUGGACCUGAAAGACCCAUGUUUGACCAUUAACAUAAAGCACUUUGCUAUUUUUAUUAUUGAGAUCUGUUUUGUGAAGGGCGGGGCACAGAAAACUUUGAUUAACGAUGUUUUGGGUAGGAGGAGGUGGCCUGAUUAUCUGCCUGUGCAGUCUUCUCUGGGAGAGAAAUGAUGUCUUUAUGGUAAGAACGACGUCAUUAAACCUAACGACUUGAGCUUUUCUUCAUGGUGGUAAAUUGUGAACGAGAAGGCAGAUACAGUUCCUGAAUCGCUCUCCAAGCUCAAGUCCAUGAUGCUACUCCACGAGCCUGGCUCUAGGGAGGAAUUCCUUGGGGCUUUAACUGUCUCACAUGAUAAGUUUCUCAGCCUGGAAUUGUGUGUGUGUGUGUGUGUGUGUGUGUGUGUGUAUGUGCAGCUGGAAUGGACACCACUCACCACUUUCUGAUGGGUUUAGCGAGUUGGCUUGUCGAUUCCAUAAUUACUGCUUUAUACUCUAGAAGUAAUCUGUUUAUGAUCAGGAUUCGUGAUACCUUCUCACAUCAAGCUAAUAACAGACAUCCUUCAUUUCUUUACCUUGCUCCCUCUGAAUGUAGGAUCCUGUGAUUGCUGUUAUUUCUAGGUGGUUAUGGGAAGGACAGAAAGCUCCAUAGCUACAGUUGAUUUUCCAGAACUAAUAUUUGAUGAGCUUAAUUUUUGUUUCUUUGUCCAUUUCAUACAUUUAUAUAAUGGAUUUUACUCAUUUUCACCUCACCUCCAACUACUCCUCCCUCAUUCCCUCCUUCUUCCACUGGAAUCCUUCUCAACAACCCCCCCUCAACUUUCAUCUUUUCUUUUAGUGUGAGGCCCAGGGAAUUUAAUAAAAAGGAGUUUCUCUUUUCUUUUUUUUUUAAACUAAAAAAAGAAAGGAAGGAAGAAAGAAAGAAACCGUUUUAUGUGUAUGGGUGUUUUGCCUGCAUGUUUGUCUGUGCUUCAUAUGUAUGCCUGUUGCCAGGGGGCUGGAGAGACAGCUCAGUGGUUAAGAGUGCUGUCUGCUCUUCCAAAGAACCUGGGUUCAAUUCCCAGCACCCACAUGGCAGUUCACCACUGUCUUAGUGCCAAUUUCAAGGGAUCUGACACCUUCACACAAAUGCACAUAAAAUAAAAAAUUAAAUAAAUUAUUUUAAAAAAACCCAAAAAAGUCAUUAAAAAAAAAGAUUUUUUUUUUUUUUUAAAAAGAAGAGGUUUUCAUGUUCCCUGGGACUGGAGUUGGAGACAGUAGUUCACAUGUGGGUGCCAUCGCUCCAGCCCCUCAAUUAGAGUUUUCUUACCCAGAUACUUCUGCCAUUUAGGAAUUUCUGUGUUAGUCACCACCUGCUGCAAUAAGAAACUUCUCUGACCAUAGCUGGGCUCAGCACCAGCAUGUGGAUAUAAACAUGGAGAUUCAGAAGGCAGUCUGGCAACGUGGUCUAGCUACACAGAACAAGCAGGUUUUUCCCUGGGACCUGUGAACACUCUUGAUCAAGUUUAUAGACCCUAGUGUGCGGCAUGGACCUGCAUUUCAAGCAGAAGGAGGCUGGUUGCCCCCAUUGCAGCUGCAGACUCACCUGGCAGGCCCCUGUUGUAACUCAUGGGAUCCGUGUCUAAGUAGAUGCUGACAGCUUUUCCCCAGUGGCCUCCACAGUGCUUCCCGACACUGAGGCCAGCCAGGGGGAAGGAUGCUUCCAGCUCAGUGCUGGCUUGACUUCUCUGUGCUCUGCGGCCAAACCCUGCACUGUCCCGGCAGCCGGGUCCUAGCAUCGUGUCUGGACAAGAGAAAUGCCAAUGGCCUCUGCUGUUCAGGAGAACCACACCUGGCGCUAGGAUUUUCAUUUAAUAAUCCACGGCUCCUCGAAUUACUCAUCCAUGGAGAGUGCACACAUUCAUACCUCUUUAGUCCUGGCUGUCCUGGAGCUCACUGUGUAGACCAGGCUGGCUUCAGAUGCACAGAAAUACUCCUGCCUCUGCCUCUCAAGUGCUAGAAUUAAAUCAAAUUAAAGCCAUGUGCUACCAUUUACUAAAAUCGUAGCUUCUCAUCUCGCUUUUCCAUCGAUCUUGAGUUUCAUUCAUCCCUCCCACCUCACCUCACUGUCUUCCCGUCCAUUGUCCUGUUUAGACGGUUCAGCCCCAUGCCCUUCUCUUCCGCUUUCUGACGUGUUCUGACCUCAGGCCUCUAACAGCCCACUUCUGUCUUUCUGGCUUUCAUCUCGUUUCUUCUACGAAAACAGUUAAGUCAACUUGGGGUUAGAAAUUUAAAUUAUUUUUGAGAUAGGAUCUCACUAUGUAGCCUUGAUUGGCCCGAAACUCACUAUGUAGAACAGGCUGUCUUCUCCAAGAGAUCUGUCUACUUCUGCCUCUGGAGUGUUGGGAUUAAACAUAGGCAUGCACCACUAUGCCCAGAAAGAAAAAAAAGCACCACUGGUGUAAUAAUAUUAGUAUAGUCAUCCAAAUUUAAGAUAUUUCCUAUAUUGUGUGGUUUUUAUUUUCUUCAUUUUGUCUUUUAAAAAACAAUUUUUAUAGCUGGGUGUUAUGGUCAGCCUGGACUACCUAGUAGUUCUAGGAUAUCCAGGGCUGCAUAGAAGAACCCUGUCUUGAAAAAAAAAAUUAUGUGUGUGUGUGUGUUUUGUUUGCAUGCGUGUCUGUGCACUGUGUGUGCAUUUCCCACAGAGGCCAGAAGAGGGCACUGGGGCAUCUAAAUGGAUUUAAGAGGCUUGUUACCUGCCAUUUGCUCAUGUCCUUUUUAAAAUAAUAUUUAUUAUGUAUUUAAUCACUUUACAGCCUAAUCCCAGCCCCCUCCCUCUGUCCCCCUUCAUCCUCCCCUCUCCUUUUCAGAGAAGGGGAGGCCUUCAAGGGGUCCCAGGCCACCCUGGCAUGUCUCCCACUGAGGCCAGACAAGGCAGCCCAGCUAGGGGAAAGGGAGCCAGAGGCAGGCAGUAGAGUCAGAGACAGCCCCUACUCCCAUUGUUAGGGGACCCACAUGACCAAGCUGCACGUCUUUGGCGCAUGUGCAGGGGUCUAGGUCCAGCCCAUGCAUGCUCUUUGGUUGGUGGUCCAGCCCCAUGGGCCCAGGAUAGUUUACUCUGUAGGUUUUCAAAGUGGCUACAUGAGUGCCUGAGGGCUCCUUCUCCCCGUCAUCUUCAACAUUUUGUCUUUUUCCAUUUGAAUCUCGAUGACUGCUGUUCAGCCCAGGUGAGAUGCAAUGUCAGAGGCAGUGUUUGCACCACUCUGGUGCCUGAGGGUUUGAACACCUUUACAGAUGUUUAUUGACCAUUUGUGUUCUUUUGAGAAUGGCCAGUGGCCCACUCGUGGCUGGCAGUGUUUUUUUUUUUUUUUUUUUGGAAGGGGUUGGGGGUUUGGAUUUGAUUGUUUUGUAGUUCUUGACACAUUAUAUUCUAUCUGUUAAUCCUCGUGUGAACUGUAUCUGGCAAAGAUGUCCUCCAGUUCUGUAGGCCUUUUUACUCUGUUGUUAGUCUCUCUUGCUGUGCGGAAACAUUUUAAUUUGUAGUCUCAUUUGCUAGUUGUCGUGGCUGUUUGCUGUGCUGUCCUGGCUCUGAUCAGAAAGACCUUGCCACUCUGUAUCCUGAAGUACUCCCCCGUUGCCUUUUGUUUUAAAUCUUCAAUCCAGUUUGCUUUUUGUGCAGAGAGAAGGGUCUUUUGCAUUAGAUAUCCUAGGUUCCCCAGAUUUUUCAUCAUGAAGCCAUAUUGAAUUCUGCUGAGUGCCUUUCUCCAUCUGUAGAGAUGGACAUGUUAUUUCUAUAUUAAAGUCUAUUAAUAUGGUGUA